CUUACAGUAGAAGACUUCGAUUACUUCAAAACUUAACACAAACACACUCCGAUCAAAAACGUAAAAGCGUUUAACUUACGCCAAUCGCUCGCCUCACCACCGCGAAAUUUCCACUCCAAUUCCUCGCAGAAAUCUAGGGUUUCCUUAAUCGCUCUGAAUCCCAAUUCACUGCCAUCGCCGAGCGCACCAUGAACUGUGAAGUUUGCCAGCUCAAAGAAUUGGAAGUCGAGCACUUUGAGAUACGGGAAGUUCUGCGCUGCAUACUUCACACAAUUGUGUUUCAUCGGGCUUUGGGUCUUGUGCGGCCCAAAGAUGUUGAUUUAGAACUUUUCGAAAUUACAUAUGUGCAAUGCGGAGAUAUUGAACUUGAGAAAAAAAUAGAUGAGAAGAUUGAGCAAUUCAUUAAUUGGGUAGAGAAACACCCAAACAAGAAAAGUCAGGUCUGCUUGUCUUUCUUUGAAGUGAAAAACAAACAGCCAACUUGGUUUCCGCACAAAAGAGAAAGGUUAUACUGGGAACAAUGGUAUAUAAAUUUGAAUGUGGCACAACACCCGAAAGCACAUUCGGGCAAAUCUCAUAAUUCUAAAGUUGUAGUUGAUCCAGGAGAGAGUGCAUUGGACGAGAGAAUGGCUCGCAGAUCAGCACUUGAAGCAUCUCUUCAUGAGGUUUUGUUCCAAAUAAUAAAAUUUGUGAAUGAGAAGAAAGAUCAUGUUCCCCCGAUACCACAUACUGAGGGUGUAGUCUAUUUCCCUCAUGAAAUUGCUAUCCCAAGUUCCUCGGAUUCUGCAUUUGGGAUGGACAUGAUCAAGAGGAUGCUGCAUACUGGCCAUCCAACCAUGCUUAGCUGAUUAUCUGCUUUUGUGAGCAUAUAACGCGUUUUUAAUCUGCUCCAAAAGUAAGUCAAUUUCCAUGUUCAUGAUGACUCGAAAGGUCCACGAAUGUGUUAAACCGAUAAUCUUUUAUGAGCAAGGUUUGUUUCUAUGUAAAGUAAACUCGAAGUGCAUAGAUUGUUAUUUUCUUUAUGUAAAUAUUCCCUUCCUUCACAUUCCAUCUCCAUUCAUGUGUGUUCAUCCCUUUUGGAGAUUUUUCAAUCCCGGUGCAUGGCAGCUUAAAAGUUUAAGUUGAAACUUUGUAUAUUUUAGUAUUUUGAUUGAAGGACAUUUGUGGUACACUAUCACUCA